GCGACAAAUCUCACCGCCCGAGUUUACCCCCUCCCCCCCGCUUGCCGUGACUUUGUAAACUCCCCUCUGGCAUUUCGCGCUCCGAACAAACCACCACCAGACAAAACAAAACAAACUAAACCGACGAUGCUCUCCACUUGGACGUUCGAAGCCUCUCCUUGCCCUCCCCUCGGCGUGACGCGUGAACCCACGCGUCAUCAGAACCCCCUCGGAGCAGCAGCAGAGGCGGCGGCGGGGGGCGUGGGCGUUGUAGGACGCGGCCCUCCAGUUUGUUGAUCGCCGCAGACGCGCGGGGUGGCCCCCCUUCAGUCGCACGUCGGCGGCCGUCGAGUUGGCGAACGGUGACCAAACGCCCCCCUGCCCCCCCCAACACCUUGACAUAUAUAUUUUUGUUUGGACGAUUCACAUGCGACGUUGAGGAACCCACCCAGUGAGGGGGAGAGAGGAUGAAUUACGUGGGGCAGCUGGCGGGGCAGGUGUUCGUGACGGUCAAGGAGCUUUACCGGGGCUUGAACCCAGCCACACUGAGUGGCUGCAUCGAUGUGAUCGUGGUGCGCCAGCCAGACGGCUCGUUGCUGUGCUCGCCUUUCCACGUGCGGUUUGGCAAGCUCGGCGUGCUGCGCUCCAGGGAGAAAGUGGUUGACAUUGAGAUUAAUGGGCGUCCCGUGAACCUGCACAUGAAACUUGGGGACAAUGGAGAGGCGUUUUUCGUCGAGGAGACUCAAAUGCAAGAGAACAUGGUGCCGGCUCGUCUCGUCACGUCCCCGAUCCCCUGUUCGGACAGGGACGAGGGCGAGGAUGAUUCCGACGACAUGGAGAUGGAGCCGAUCCUGGGAGACGAGGAUGAUGAAGACAUUGGCAAGGUCCGAGACUUGCCGGAGCUGCUGGCCGGAGAGGCUGCUUCCUGCGCGAGCGUGCCGGUGCCGCUCCUAUCGCCGCCCUCGGCUUCCAAGAAGCGGCGCAAGCGGCGGCGCAAGUCGAAGAUGGACACGUCCGGGGGCCGCAGGGAGUCGGCCACCACCGCCUCGCACGACGGCGAAAUCUUUGCGAUGGAGAUGAACUCGGACGAGGAGGCAGCGGCGACCUCUCCUGGGCUCAGAAACAGCUCCUUCCAAGUGAAUAGCGGCAUGGAGGCUGCGUUCUUCUCAGGCGUCCCAGUUCACCCGCAUUCCGACGGCGACUGGUCCCCACUGCAGAGCCCGUCCUCGCUGCGUCCCAUGUCACCCAAGAGCGACUCGGAGCUCGUGUCUAAGGGGUCGGAGAACGACCUCCUCCGCAACAUGCAGUGGUCCUGGGGGCAGCUGCCCGAGAGAGCACAGCUGAUGAGCUUGGACAUGGAGGACGACGAACCCCUUGUGGUCGACAUCAUCGCCCCGCGCGACACCACCCACUUCCGCGUCAUCUUCGAGCCGCCAAACUCCUCGGGCGACACCGACGACGACAUCUUCGCGCCGCCACCGCCACGUGCCGAGCCUCCCGCCUUCCGUCCCGCCUCCUCGCCCGACGACGACGACGACGACGACGACGACCGCGAGGAGGAUGACGGCAGGGGCGGAGGAGGCGGAGAUUACGGCAGGGGCGGAGGAGGCGGCGCGACGUCGGGGGGCGAGGCGGAGGGGGACGCGUCGUGCUGGAACGUGCUGUGCUCGUCGCCGCCGCCGCAGCUCACCAGCCGGCCCACCGUGCGGCCCGAGACGCUGCUCAAGCCCAAGGCGUCGCCGCCGGGGCGGAGGGAGUGCGGCGACGGGCGGCCCGAGGAGCCGGCCACGGCGCAGCCGGGCGGACGCACGGCAGAGAGCGAAGCUGGCUUCAUGGCACUAUCGGACCCAGCCGGAUCGGUGGGGCCAGACGUGGCACCCGGCGAACACCCAGAAUUGGCGGUGCCGCUCCAGCUCGAGUCGAUGGAUGCCAACGAGACCAAAGCCCUCUCCAAGGCCGAGUCGCCCGUCCGGAAAAAAGAGGUGGGAAAACGCAGCCAAUACCUGGGGCAGAGCGAUAUUUACCUGGAUGAGCUGUCGAGAUUGGAUCCAGUGGAAGCUGCCAUGUACUUUCCCAAGAGCGAGGGAGAGCCGUGCCCCCCAGGUCGGGCUGGCGAGGUGGCCGCCGUGCCAGCCCGCUCGCCCUCCCACUCACCGCAGUCAGUGGGCAGCGGUGCAGCCGACAGCGGCACGGAGUGCCUGUCGGACUCGGCCCAGGGAGACGCCUCCACGGUCGCCCUGUCGCUGUGCGGGGGUCUCGCCGAGUCCUGCAACAUCUCGCAGGAGAAGUUCGAGGCUCACAGGGUCUCCUUCCAGCAGUUCCUCGAGAACCCGGCUCUCAUCGACGACCUCAACCUCGUGGUGCUCAUUGGAAACAAGUAUUACAACUGGGCAGUGGCUGCACCGAUGCUCUUGUCAAUGCAGGCGUUCCACAAGCCCCUGCCAAAGCUGGCGGUGGAGGCCCUGAUGAAGGAGAAGAUGCCCAAGAAGAGCAACCGGUGGUGGUUCUCGUGGCGUCGCAGAGACAACUCGGCCAAGGCGGAAGGGAAGAGGGAGCAGCUGCAGCCGGAUAGCGGACUGAGCGGAGAGCAGUCGGGACAGUCUGACACGGGGAUCCGGCUGCAGGACGACGAGUCGUCGUCGUCAAGUGAAGACGAGGAGCUGGGCCCGGUGCCGCGCGCCGUGCCACUGCUGGAAAGGGAGCCCCACGUGAUCGCGUUCCGCAAGUCCCUGCGCCUCUCCUCUGAGCAAAUUGCUCAGCUGCAGCUGAAGGAAGGCCCCAACACGGUGAGCUUCAGCGUCACCACGCAGUACCAGGGCACCUGCCGCUGCGAGGGAACCAUCUACCUGUGGAAUUGGAACGACAAGAUCAUCAUCUCCGACAUCGACGGCACCAUUACCAAGUCGGACGCGCUGGGGCAGAUCCUACCGACGCUCGGCAAAGACUGGACGCAGCAGGGAAUCGCCAAACUCUACCACGAAAUCCACAAGAACGGGUACAAGUUCCUGUACUGCUCUGCGCGCGCGAUCGGCAUGGCGGGAAUGACGCGCGGCUACCUCAACUGGGUGAAGGAGAAGGGGACGGAGCUGCCCCGUGGCCCCCUGCUGCUUGCGCCCAGCAGUCUGCUUCUCGCCUUCCACCGGGAGGUCAUCGAGAAGAAACCAGAGAAGUUCAAGAUCCAGUGUCUGGCAGACAUCAAGCACCUCUUCAGCCCGCACUCCGAACCCUUCUACGCCGCGUUCGGCAACAAGACCAACGACGUGUUCGCGUACAAGCAGGUGGGUGUGUCAGAGAACCACAUCUUCACCGUCAACCCAAAGGGGGAGCUCAUCCAGGAGCACAGCAAGGGCCACAAAUCCUCGUACAGCCGCCUGGGCGAGCUGGUGGAGCACGUGUUCCCUCUGCACCAUCGCGAGUCCACCUCCGCUUUCCCCUGCGCCGAGCGCUACAGCGACUUCACCUUCUGGCGGGAGCCCAUUCACGAUUGCCUCCCGGAGUGCCCACCGCCCGAGGAACCGUGACGACGGACCCCAAAAACACCCCACCACCACCACCCCACCCAUACCCCCCCCCUCCCAACCGUGCGUGUACGUGAGCGGGGGCGGGGGGGGGGGGGGGCAGCGCCGGCCGGCAGCGGGCUUGUGAAGCCGGCGGCGACUCUGGUGUCCGAUUCGCCCGCGGCUAGCAGCGGUGGCGAGCGAUAUCCGGACAGGUGCUCCCCCUCCCUCACGACCCCGGCCCUCCCCUAGGUCAACUCCGCCUUAAAAAUAAGGACCUGCUGCAUUGUCGAAAAACAUCGGCAAUGGGGAAAGGAAGGCGGCCGGGCCGUGGUGCCGGCCACACCGCCCCUUCCUGCGCCGUUCUGGCCUUAACGGGUGCUCGCUAACUGGUGAAGGCUACACGGGGGGCGGGGGUGGUGGGUGGGGGGGAACUUUCGUCAAUCCGCUGCAGGGCCUCCCCCCCCACUGUCGCCCGGUAACGAUAGUAAUUGAGCAAUACAGGUAACAGCAAAGCACAGGGUAACAUAGUAACAGCCAACAGACGCAGGCAAUGAGAACUCGAUAGAGUCGAGCGCGUCGCCUACGCGCGAGUCAGUCUCGUCCUACCGCCCACGCGGGUCCGGGGCGCGGCGACGUGGCCCCCAGGGCGGCCGCACGUUCUCACCGCUUGUUGUCGACGCUGCCGCCGCGGCGUGCAUUACCCAUAUAAAUACUCUCGCGCGCGCCUGCUCCACCGCGGACAUUGCAAAGAUCCCGAGGCGUCGUUAGCGAGGGUGGUAGGGCCUUCGUGUGCCCGCGUGAGGUUCCGAAUUUGCCAAUUUUUUUUAUUACUUUCAAAGUUACCGAAUUGCGUAAAGCCACAUUGCAACGUCGCCCGAUCCUGGCCGACUGGUCGUGUGUGAGAGGUAGCGCCACCCUCAUCGCCUUGCGCUAUUAGAAUGGUGAGAAUAUCUUACCAUGACUAAUUUUUGAUGUACAGUGCAAACAAUACGAAUACGAUUGAGUCCAUAAAAAAUUGACUUAAAAUCGUGACCCUGAAUCCUAAUAAUUUAGCAAACGGGAUGGGGGGGGGGAAGAGGGAGGUAAAUCGAUGCUCACAAGGGGUGUAACAAUUCGUCAGGCGCGUCGAUUCGUAGCGAUGAACCGUUGAGUUUCGGGGUCACGAUUGAAGAGUCGAUUCUUCGGUGGCACCCAUAGUGGCGUGAAGGUGUCCUGUCAAAUAAUUACAACAAAUACGAAUUGAAAAAAAAACAUCCAUUCGUAAGAACGCACGUGAUGAUUCAGUGCAGGCAUCGCGAGUUUCAGAAUCUACAUUUAUGGCUAUUAACUUUGGCCUACGGCUACCUGCACUCACGUCGGAAGUGACGCACUAAGACGGGGGGGGAGGGGUCGGCAAACAAAAUAACAAAAAGACGCAAUAAUUCGAAUUCGGUACAACUUCAAGAGCCGCUAUGCACUUGAAUUACGAGCCGGUGAGUCCUCAUUGAAUAACGGUUCUUUAAAAGAUCCGCAGGUUGCCGACCGCCUGCACUAAGGUCAUCGGCACAUCGCAGGGGCAGCAGCAGCAGCACACAGCAGCGGCAGCAGCAGCUUUGCGAUGCAGUCGCUGCUGUCCCUCGACCUCGCAUACUGGAAAGUGUUGGCACGUAUGUGCCCGCAUGUGCAAUGUAGGAGCUUUGUUUAGCUUUUAGUUUUAACGAUUUUCGGGACGGGUCGCCGUUAAAGGCCGUGGCCGUUGCGGUUUGAUCGAAAUCGGCACGUCAAGAUUUUCUCGUGCAGCUUACCCUGCAGUGCCUCAUCUUUCUCAAGAGAGCGUGCGUUGUUUCGGACCAAAUGCGAGACGAGAGGUGGGAGACGCGAGAAGGGGGGAACAGUUUGAGCACACGUAUAUGUUUGUCAUAAAGGGGACGCUGGAUGUAACGCUGCCACUUCGUCGGAUGUUACUUUGCGUUGGCAUCGAGGGCGUCGUAGGAUUUCUUCCACUCAUUGCCCUUUGUUAGGUUUUUGUUUAAAUAUAUGUAAAACUUUAUUUUUUUGGAAAGCGUUUAUCGGACAUAUGAGACGUCACGUCACGGUUGGUGAACCGCCGUUACAUUUCUGUUGAUGCAUUGCCUUGUUUGUGUUGCCUCUUCCAUGCCGAAAUACAUGAUACCACAUUUCGUCAU